CACCGCCCCCAGGGCUCCGGGCCGUCGGCGGAGCCCCAGUCGGCGUCCGGCCGCCUCCGGAGUCGUGAGGAGGUUCGUCCCCGGGGGUGUGCGGCGCUGACUUCGCCAGCCGGGCUCGCUAAAAUGAAUUCAGAUCCCAAUCCCACCUCAAGUCCCUCUCACCCCCAGCAGCAUCUUGGAAGAUCCCAGCUAAAUGCUGCUCCUAUGGACCGUAGUGAGAAUGGUCAGAGACCUGGAACAUCUUCAGCAGAUGCUGCAACUUCUUCAGUUCCUGGCUACUCCCGUAGCAGGGAGAAAACAGAAAAAAAGGAGGGCAUGAAGGAAGAACCUGAAGUGCUCUUUGAAGAACUGCUUGAGAGAGCCAAAGCUGGAGAACCAAAAGCACAGACAGAGGUGGGGAAGCACUUCUUGAAAUUAGCAGAAGAGGAGGAUGAAGAACUUAACAACUGUAGUGCAGUUGACUGGUUCAUCCUCGCUGCUAAGCAAGGUCGAAGAGAAGCUGUCAAACUCCUGCGUAGAUGCCUGGCUGACAGAAGAGGCAUAACUUCUGAGAAUGAGGAAGAGGUGAAAAAAUUAUCAUCUGAGACUGACUUGGAGAGAGCUGUGCGAAAAGCUGCCUUGGUCAUGUAUUGGAAAUUAAAUCCAAAAAAGAAGAAGCAAUUAGCAGUUUCUGAACUUCUGGAGAAUGUUGGGCAAGUUGACAAUGCAGAUGGUGAGAAGCAGCCUGGCCCCGUCCCAAAGUCCGUGCAGAAGCAGAGAAGGAUGCUGGAGCGAUUAGUGAACAGUGAAUCUAAAAAAUUUAUUGCUUUGGAUGACUUUGUUGAGAUUACCAAGAAGUAUGCAAAGGGAAUCAUCCCAUCUAACCUGAUUACGCAGGAAGAGGAAGAUGAUGAGCUGGCAGGGAAGAGUCCUGAAGAAUUACCCCUACGACUGAAGGUUGUAAAAUAUCCACUUCAUGCCAUUAUGGAAAUUAAAGAAUACCUUAUAGAUAUUGCAUCAAAGGCAGGAAUGCAUUGGCUGUCUACCAUUGUUCCAACACACCAUAUCAAUGCCCUCAUCUUUUUCUUCAUCAUCAGUAAUCUGACAAUUGAUUUUUUUGCCUUCAUUAUUCCAUUAAUCAUAUUCUAUUUGUCCUUCAUUUCUAUGGUGAUUUGCACACUGAAAGUUUUUCAGGACAGUAAGGCUUGGGAAAACUUCCGUGCUUUGACUGACUUACUGCUUCGCUUCGAACCAAACCUAGAUGUUGAGCAAGCUGAGGUGAACUUCGGAUGGAACCACUUAGAGCCGUACAUUUAUUUUUUACUCUCGGUAUUCUUUGUAAUUUUUUCCUUCCCUAUAGCAAGCAAAGACUGUAUACCAUGCUCAGAGUUAGCUACUGUCUCGGUUUUCUUCACAGUGACAAGUUACAUGAGUUUAAGCACAUGUGCAGAACCUUACACGCGAAGGGCAUUAAUGACUGAGAUGGCUGCAGGUUGCUUAUCCCUGUUGCAGGUAUUACCUGGGAAUUUUGGCUACUUGAAAUUCUUAGGUAAAACCUUCUUUACAGUUCCUGUAGGCCAUUUCUUUGUAAUCAAUGUAAGCAUCCCAUGCCUUCUGUUUCUGUACUUGUUCUAUCUUUUCUUUAGAAUGGCCCAACUACGGAAUUUUAAAGGCACCUACUGCUACCUGGUCCCAUACCUGGUGUGCUUUAUGUGGUGUGAACUCUCUGUGGUCAUUCUGCGGGAGUCCUCUGGCAUUGGGCUCGUUCGUGCAUCCAUCGGUUAUUUCCUGUUCCUCUUUGCGCUCCCAGUGCUGGGUGUAGGCAUUGCACUGAUGUGUCUUGUCCACUUCAUUAAGUGGUUUUUGUCUUUGGAGCUCAUGAAAAUUGUAGUGACCCUGGUUUUGUGUGCUGUUCCUUUGCUCUUUCGAUGGUGGACAAAGGUUAACUUCUCUGUAGUUGAAGUGGUUAAAUCGCUCACCCGAAGCUCAAUUGUGAAACUCAUUCUGGUGUGGAUUACAGCUGUAGUGCUGUUCUGUUGGUUCUAUGUGUAUCGAUCGGAAGGAAUGAAAGUUUACAACUCCACCCUGACCUGGAAUCAGUAUGGUUUCCUCUGUGGACCCCGGGCCUGGAAGGAGACUAACAUGGCACGUACUCAGAUUUUGUGCAGUCACCUGGAAGGACACAGAGUGACAUGGACUGGGCGGUUCAAAUACGUGCGCGUGACAGAAAUCGACAAUAGCGCAGAAUCUGCAAUAAAUAUGCUUCCGUUUUUUAUUGGCGAUUGGAUGAGAUGCUUGUAUGGUGAAACUUACCCUCUUUGUGAUCCCAAAAAUGUUACACUGGAGGAGGAAGAAUUGUGCCGUCUGAAGUUUUUGACAAAGCAUAAAUGCCACAUGAAAAUGUUUGAUCGGUACAAAUUUGAAAUCACUGUUGGCAUGCCUUUCAGUAGUAAAAAUGGAAGCAAGCCUAUAGAGGAGGAUGAUAUAACCAAAGAUAUUGUGCUGAAGGCAAGCAAUGAGUUUAAAAAAGUGUUGCUGAAUUUGAGGCAAGGGAGUAUAAUUGAAUUCAGCACAAUUUUGGAAGGUCGUCUUGGCAGUAAAUGGCCUGUCUUUGAACUGAAAGCAAUCACUUGCUUGAAUUGCAUGUCUAAACUCUUACCUGCAGGGAGGCACGUGAAAAUAGAGCAGGACUGGAGGAGUACAGUGCAUAAAGCCAUUAAAUUUGCUUUUGAUUUUUUCUUCUUCCCAUUCCUGUCAGCUGCAUAAUGUGCUCACAUAUUGGUUCAGUGGUAUUUUCAGUGUCCGCUGCAUUUACACUACCAAAGGUUUGGCUUCUUAAGAGGGAAAAAAAUCCAACGAAAAUCUACCUUACUGUAGCAAUGCUCAAAAAGUGUGCUAAUAUAGAGCGUUGGUUGAGUUUUUCAAGUGUACACACCAUAUCCUGACCUUAAACCCUGUAUGACUGAUGUAAUAGAUAGUACUUUAAUAUUAUAAAUGAAUGCAGGGCAUCGCUGCUGACUAAUUGCAUGGAAACUGUUUUGUCCAAAAUGGGUAUUUUGCCUGUGGUACAACACUAGAUGCAUUCACUUGCUCAAUGUUAAAAGCACUUUACUCUUUUAAGUAUUCACAGUGUGCCCAUUUGUAUUUUCAUAAGUAUGGUUUAGAAUAGGGAGCUGACAACAGAUUUUGUUCACUUACUGCUUGUAUUUAUUUGGUGUUUUCUAGAAAAAUGUGAUCUUAGAGUCAGUAGCGGGUGGUGAUAUUUGCGUACAGCAAUCACUGUUUCACUGCUUGUCCAGAACACAGUGACCACUGUUUUUUGAAAGGGCACAUUUCACACCUCAGCAAGGUUUUACAAAGUCCCCAGGCUUCCACUUUGCAUUAAAUAUUGUGUAGGAAAGUUGCUAUUUGUUCUGAUUGGUUACACUAAAGUAACCAACCACGCUGAUUGAUGUGUGAAAGGCAAAUCCCAAGGCUGGUAUUGAGAUGGUACCAGUAAUGGACAAGCCACAGCAACUGAAAUUAUACCUAAAGGUCUAUAGUGAAAAUGGAAAUAGAAUGUUUAAUUACUUGUAUUUUGCAAAUAAACAUGAAGUAGAAACUUGAAUUAAAUGGGUACAUUUAUUCAUUAUGCUUUGACAUUGUGACCAGUUGUUUGUGUUGUGUUGAUAGCAGCUUUCACUGAAAACUACAAUUUAGAAUGUUUAAAAUAUUUUGGUGUGAGAUACUUGAAGUUGAUGGUUUUGAAGCCAACAGUAAAAUCUGGUGUGCCAGAAGUUUUUGUAACUUUGCAGUCUACAUGUAGUGCUUUCCCCCUGCUUUUGUUGUGAGUUUGGACCUUUUCUGGCCACUGUGGCUGUUCAUCACAGAUUCAUCCUGCCAUUUCUGUAACUCCUCCACUGACCCUCCUUUAGAUUCCUUUUUGCCUUUGUGUGUCAGUCAUCACCAGGACCAGGGAGAAGGGUUAGCAAUGAAAACCUGAUAGAGAAGGGGAACCUUUUGGGGACAGUGAGGCAGUGGCUGCAUGCCAGCUGUGAGCACCCUCUUGAGCAUUACCCAGAGCUGCAGUUGGGAGGGAGGAUGCCAAAGGCACCUACAGGUGUGCUGCCCAGUGCCCACAGCAGAAGCCCCCACCAACCAAAGCCCCACAGUCCAUCAUGCUUCAGCCCAUCAGAAAAUCAAUAAAGUAAAAUUGUAUAUUCAGGGUGCUUCUAGCUUUGAAAACUUGCCAACUCUCUGUUUCCACCCGGGGAAAAGAAAAGGAGUUACAUGGCAAGUAAAUGCAAGUUUUGACAGCUUCCCUUUACCCGGGCCCAUUUUGGCUGGAAAUAAGCCAAAUUUAGGGCUUUCUCCUCCUUUCAGGACAUCUGUAGGCCCUUUUUAGAUACCCAAACAUUCUACCUGGCUCUGAAAUUUAAGCACAAAAGAUUUUUUUUUUUUUUAACUUUUUUCCCUUACAUACACACAAUUGUGAAACUUCUAUUCAUGUGUUUAUGAGGAAAAAACCCCAACAUCUUGGGACUGAGAACUGAUGUUAAAAUUUCUCCUUUUAGCUUUCACCUUUUGUAUGGAUGUCAACUUAGUGACUUACUGUGGUGCAUUUUGAAGGAGUUGUUAUAUAUCCUGAAAAUGAAAAAGUGGCUUAAGUCAGAUGUGGGAAAUUUUGCAAGAGGAGGGCACGUACUUGAUUUCUUUGGAAUGAGUUGCUUUUUAAGAGACAAAAGGCACUUGGUACCUCAGUUCCCAUCUGUAUCAUCAUAACAACUCUGAAACUUGUAUUUCAGUCUUUUUUGCAGAAGUUGUUAGAGGAUAUUGGCAUAUAACUGUUACUAAAUUUGAAAACUUAGAAUUAGCUAAAAAUCUAUGGUUCCUUGGAAGGGAGAGCUCCUUCAAAAAUACUCAUAUCAAUAUUGAUCAGAUUCAAAGUUAAACAAUUACCCUUUAUGCACUUACAUG